GUUAAACUCCAAAGAAGAAGAAGACAACGGAAACCGACUUUUUUGCUGGUAAUCAGCUGACAUAACAACAUUUCACCAGGCCACCGUCUAAAGGUUGUGUGGAUCGUCAAAAUGGCGUACCCCAGAACCCACAACCCAUUUGCAGAUGAUGAUGAGGAGGAGCAGUGCCGGUCAAGUGGGGGAUUUGAUGACCCCCAAGAGAGGGGAAUGAGUGAGGCAGAGAGCAAGCAGAGAUGCCUCCAACAGGAAGUGAUGCGUACGGCCAAGUCGGCGGUGGACAGCAGCCACCGCUCCCUGGGGCUCAUCUAUGAGUCGGAGAAGAUCGGCGCUGAGACUGCAGAGGAGCUGAUGCGUCAGGGGGAGGCUCUGAAGAGGUCCGAGAGAAUGGUGGACAACAUGGGCCAAGACCUGAAAACCAGCCAGAAACACAUCAACAGCAUUAAGAGUGUGUGGGGAGGCCUUGUCACGUACUUUACGGCCAAGCCUGAGACCACCAAGCCCCUGCCAGAAGAGCCUGUUGCCUACCAAGCCAGCAGCAAAUUGCAGAAUGCCAUGUCUCACAGUCAGGAGCAUGAAGGCAAGUACCAGGCCAAUCACCCCAACCUGAGGAAGUUGGACAUUGGAGGGUUCGGCGCAUUUGCAUCAGAUGACAGCUCAUCCAGUCAAAAUGGCUACCCUGCAAACAGACAGCUUAGAGCCGCCCACCAGACACUGGACAACAACUUAGAUGAGAUGUCCCUGGGCCUGGGAAGGUUAAAGAACCUAGGACUGGGCCUACAGUCUGAAAUUGAGAAUCAGGAUACUUCUCUGGACAAUCUGCUGGGCAAAGUGGACAAGCUGGACCUCAAGAUCAACAACACCAACCACCAGAUCAAAAACCUCAAAUAAUAAGUCCCAAACAUUCUGACUCACCUGUCAGACACUGGUCAACUCAACUCCCCUUACCUGGGUUUCGCUACACAGCAGCUCUCUGUGCACCAUGAUGUCUUAUUCCUCUGAUAGAGUACCAAUGUUAUUGAUACUUUAAUGAAUGAUAUUCAGUUCUUCAAACAGCUCCACAUAAAUGCAUAGACCACCCUGUUCUUGACGAUUUAUGAUUUAUCUUGUGGUUUUAGAAAGGAAGGAUCUCUGAGUAGGACCUGUAGUUGAGAAGUGUUAAUGGUCUGUUAUUGUUUCCCUCAGUUUGCAUUGUGGUAAAUUGCAUUUUAAUUCAGUUUGGUAAGUAAAUUAAUUCAAUUUCAACUCUGUGAGGGAUCAUCUUUGAGAACAAAGGGCCACUUGCAUUCAUGAAUUUAAUUUAAGAGUCUGCUGACUUGACAUGCUAUUGGCCCCAACUGAUCGCUGUGUCCAGAAGCCAGAAAAAUAAAUUGAGUGGUGUUUGUUUGAAA